AUGGGUGGAUCGCAAUCCGUAGAGGUAUCAGACGGUGGAACUGAAGGGUAUCAUGUCCUCAAGGUUGUACAAGAAGGCUCUCCAGGCCAAAAAGCGGGACUAGAACCUUUCUUCGAUUUUAUUCUUCAAAUUAAUGGUGUCAGAUUAAACCAAGACAAUGAUGAGUUAAAGGAAAUUUUACAAGCAAGCUGUGAAAAGUCAGUCGAAAUUAUUGUUUAUAGUAGCAAAACCCAAGGCACUAGAGUUACAAAUAUAACACCAAGUGCUUUAUGGGGAGGACAAGGAUUACUAGGAGUUAGUAUCAGAUUCUGUUCUUUUGAAGGAGCAAACGAAAAUGUUUGGCACGUUUUGGAUGUAGAACCAAAUUCUCCUGCUGCUGUAGCUGGCUUGCGACAACAUACUGAUUAUAUCGUUGGUUCUGACACUCAGCUGCAAGAGGCGGGAGAUUUGUACAAUUUAAUUGAAGCUUUCGAUGGUAAGCCAAUCAGACUGUAUGUUUAUAGUACAGAAACCGACAGUUGUAGACAGGUCAUAGUAACACCAAAUUCAAAAUGGGGUGGAAGUGGAAGCCUUGGUUGCGGUAUUGGAUAUGGUUAUUUGCAUCGUAUUCCUUCCAAGCCUCAGUCUGCUAGCUCCAAUGUUACCUCUAAAUCUGAUCAAAUGCCAAUCGAGGUAUCAAAUCUCUAA